AUGUCCUUCUUAGGCAAAAGUCAAAAAAAUAGGAGUGAAUUGCCAAAAGAUUUUGCAGAAUAGAUAUUGAAGAAUGAUAUAACAUUAAUGAUGAGUAAAUAUUAAGAUAGUAUGGCAUUGAAUAAUCUUAUCCAAUUGUAUAUGAAAGGAGUUGAGUAUUACGAAUCUCAGAAGGACUAAAAAAGUGAGUAUUUCAAAAGUAAGUUGAAUUGGAUUAUGAGUCAUCCAAUUAUCAUAUCUCCAAAAAAAUAAGAGGAGCAAUUAGAUAAAGAGUAAACAAAAAAAAUUGAUUUCAAGAUUCAUACUAAUUUUGAAUAGAUUUAGCAUUAUGAAGAUGUGACUUCAUUCGAAAACCCCACAGAAAAAUCAGAAAUAGAUACUCAAUUGAAUAAAGCCAUAAUCCCUAUCCAAAACAAUGAAGUAAAGUAGAUGAUCGAUAAUCUGAAGAUGGAAACAACGAAAAUAAAUUAAAUUAUCCAAAAUGAUCUUGAUUCACAAAAAACUAAAAUUGCAGAUAGAAUACACAAACGAAGUAAAAGUUUUGUAAAUAAAAACAAAUACGAUCAAGAUGAAUGA